AUGGCAUCCCUGGGGGAGAAUGGGAUCGUGGCCAGGGCGGGGGGGGACGGCGAGGGGCCCGGCGCGGAAGGAGGGGGGCAGGAGGGGCUGGAGCAGGGGAUCUUGGUUGCGGUGAAGGACGCGCUCGCCUUUGUGAGGUGCCCCACGUUUGUGGACCCUCUGGUGUUCAACGCGACCGACUUCAUCCCAAAGGACGCUACCAAAGAAGGUGUGCCACACCUGCCGGCACACCUCUCACCAGGCGACGAGGUCGCCUUCAAAGUAGGCGCCAGGGUGGAUGGGGAGCUGAGGGCAGUGGAGGUGAGGAAAAGUGCAGCAGCCCGGGAACGCAGACCCUCAACAGCGCAGCCUCCCUUCAUUGGGCAGCAUGGUCAGUCGGAUGCCUUGCGCAAUGACUUCAGGGCGUUGUCUGGCAUCUCUGGCUUCUCCAGCGCCCUGUCAAGUCACUUCUCUGGCCUGUCGGACCUGCUGGCCCGCAGUGAAAGUCUUGGGCAGUCAAUGGGCGACAGCAUGGGGAUGGAGAUGCAGAGCUCGACACGGGAGGAAGGCAUUGUGGCAAGGCUGAAGGACACCAAUGGUUUCAUAAACCGACCCCGGCCACACUUGGGACGGAUCUUCUUCCACUUCAAGUACCUCCGACCCACUGAGGGCGGCGGCACCAUAUCGAGGCUCGAGAUUGGGACGGAGGUGUCAUACGUUGUGUGUCGGGAGGGUGGCAGAAUGUUUGCGGCAGAUGUCGAACUCAUGCCGAAAGGCACUAUAGUCCAAGAGGUAGAACUCGAAGGUCAUGUGAAGGGGCGUGUCAUUAAGCCAGCCCUGUCCCAGCCUUCAGAUGUGCGAGAAGAUGGAAUUGUGGGCUAUGUUGAUGAAGAAGGGCAUGAGCAGCGAUGCUACUAUGGCAACCACCAGGUGGAACAGCCUGAUGUGGAACUGGACGAACGGGACGAGAUUGAGUUUAGGGUGAUAUGCAACAACUACAGGAGGGAGGGAAGGGCCUUGGAGGUCAGGCUCAUCUCCAAAGCACCAGAGCGUCGCGAACUUGGAAAGGUGGCCGUGCUGAAAAACAACUUUGGUUUCAUCAAGUGCUGUGAGCGCCAUAAUGAUGUUCUCUUCCAUUUCAGUGAGUUGGAUGGCUUGGAGCCAGCUGACCUGGUAGUGGGAGACGAUGUGGAGUUUGCAGUCAAGUGGGACCGGGAGAAGGGCAAGCAACUGGCGCUAAAGGUCAGAAAGGCAAAACCGGGGUCAGCAGUCUUCGAAUUGCUGUCUGCUGAAGUGUACUAUGGUCUGGUGGUUGAGCGCCUAGGCUUGUGGAAACAGUAUGGACCGGGCAGCCAUGGUGUUGUGCUGUUCGAAAGGAAUGGCUGCUCAGAGAAGCUCACCUUUGGAGGGAAUGACCUUGAGGAUCGGCAGCUGAAUCCACAGGUCGGUGACAAAGUAUCUUUUCGCAUCGCCACGAACCUGGCACAGGCCAAGUCAGCAGAGAAGCUGGAUGGGCCCGCAGCAAAGUACGGAGGCCGUAGAGCCACCGAGGUUGCGCUUGUAAGGUACAUGGGCAAGGUUGCAUCCAUGUUCCAAAAUGGCUCCUAUGGAUUCAUCGACUAUGAGCAUGAGCGGGGAAUGUCCAGGAUAUUCUUCCACUGCAGUGAGGUCGAGAGGGGAGUGUACCUUCGGCCUGACGACGUUGUCAAGUUCGUGCGAGUGUACAAUCCCCAGAAGCAACAGCACCAGGCCAGGAGGCUACAGAGGAUCCAGGAGGCUCCUGUGGCUCCCAAGGGCGGCCUGGAAACAAAGGGCUCUGGGAGCAAGCUGCAGCUCGUGCCAUCGCCAUUGACGCUGGAAAAGCCAUCACUCACACUGAAACUGGGCGACAGGUCCACAGCAAACCCACAGUCAGCUCGGGGUGGUGCAUUCGGCAAGACAGCAAGGGGACCAGAUGGCACCAAGGGGUUUCCAUCUGGGCGUGGGCGAUGCUUGGACCCUCCCAUUGAGGAGCUGUCUCCAAGAUCAUCCAAGAAGCUUGACCCAGCUGCGACCCCUUUCAUACCGAGAUCAAUGAGUGGCACAGACUCCAUCCCAUCACCUGCCACAUUGGAGGAGGUUGAGCUGCAGCCCCGUCCUGCAGCAUGA